UAUCGGAUGCAAAAUCAGAUGCAAUGUGAUUUUUCCAGAUCAAAUCAGCUGUUUUGCGACAUUGCAAUUCCUGCAUCAUAAUUUCUCUGUCGCAAUAAUUAUAUGCUGUGAUAAUAGUAUAAAUAUUUCAUCAUUAAAUAAUUCUGUCAUUAAAAUAAGAAAAGCACCUUGAGAUAACUGAAUAGUUCGUGAAAAAAGCUGAGUAUUGUAUUUUGAAAACAUAAUUUUUACUAUGUGAAACAUAUAUUACAUAUGAGAUAAAAUAUUCUCGUCAGAGCAGAUAGCAAACGGUAAUUUUACCGAUAGUGUCGAAAAAGAAAGAUGUAAUUCUACGUGAUCUUUAAAAUAGAAAUAGAUGGCGGUAUUAAACGAGUAAGCCUCUCACGAUGGAGAGGGAAAUAGAGAAAGAGAGAGAGAGAGAAGAAUUUCACGUCGCAAUAUCCGUAUCCUAAUUUGUGCGCACGUGUGAAUAUAUGGUUUGUACCGGUACGUUACGAAUUAGUUACAAAUAAAAUAAAAGGAAAAUGUAUUUAGAUCCGGAGAUGCCGAAUCCUUUCGAAAUCAUAGUGGGAACGUACGAGCAAUAUCUGCUCGGAUAUAAGGUCCACAGUGUCGUAAAUGAAUAUAACAUAGAGAAGAGUUUUGCAACUCACAGCCAUGUUGCAAGCAUACGCAGUGUUUCCAAUAGUAAAUACUAUCUAGCUUCUGCUGGUGCCGAUGAAACAGUAUGUUUGUACGAUAUGCGUUCUAGGAAAGAGUCUGUCAAAUUAAUGCAUCAUAAAGAUACUAUCAAUUGCGUAGCAUUUACUCCAGAGGGAUCACACUUGUUUACCUGUAGUAGCGAUGGAAGUAUAAGUGCUGUUCGUUGUGGCAAUUGGCAACUAGAUAAACACUGGCUAACAGCGCACAAAGGUUCGGCUGUUAAUACUUUUGCUAUUCAUCCAACAGGAAAGCUAGCGUUAUCUACUGGAGAAGAUGGUGUGCUUAGAACAUGGAAUCUGAUCAAAGGUAGACAAGCUUAUGCCAUUAACUUAGUACCAAAAUUGAAGUCUAACGCUAAGUGGAUAUCAAUCAUUAAAUGGAGUCCAAGUGGUAACAAAUAUCUAUUAGCUGUUAAUGGGAAUAUUUACGUGUAUUCUGUAGAAUCGGCUAGCAUAGAUAAGGAACUUACAUUUGAUUCAAAGGUUAUUUGCGUAGAGUUCUUAAAAGAUACCCUAAUCGCGAUUGGUUUUGAGAACGGAGAAAUCAAAUUCUGUGAUCUCAGAACUUCAGAGCAUACAAUGAAUACAAAAGCGCAUAGCAUGAGAGUGAAAUGCAUCGCACAUAUGAAUGACUUGUUAGUUAGUGCCUCCAGUUCUGGAGAGAUUAAACUUUGGAAAUAUAACAAGCAUAGCUUGGAUAUGCUACAAACCGUUAAUUGUGGUGCAAGAAUUACUUGUCUUUGUCUUGCACAAACCUAUAAAGAUUUAGUACAACAGGAAGAAAUUACACUAGAAGAAGACAAGGAAGUAAAAGAGAAGAACAAGCUCAGACUGAAACAGGAAGUUAUUAUUGAGCAUGAAGGCGAGUGGGAAGUUACAAAUCCCCCCAAAAAGAUGUCAAAAAUAAAACAUAAAAGAAAGAGAGCUACAGAAGACAAAGUCCAGAACCUAAAGAAAAAAAUUCCAGAAUUGAAAGAAACUAUCGCUUUAAAAAGGAAGAAGGAUAGAUUAUCACAGACAGAAGAUGCUAUUAAUGAUAACCCAAAAAAGAAGCAAAAAUUAUUAAAGGCUAAUUCUUUUAGCAAAAAGCGAAAAGAGAAUAGUGCUGUGUCACAAAUCACAUCUCCAACAAAGAAAAUGAAGAAGAUAGAUAAACUCGAAGAACCAUCUCUCUCUCGCAAAAAGCACAAAGUAAAAUUACCGAUGAUAGAUAUUGAAGAUGUUUCACUUAGGAAGAUAAAGAAAAAAGUGAAUGCAGAAAAAGAAGUCGUGCCAAAAAGGAAAAAGAGGAAGAUAACACAAUAAAAAUUAUAUGGGAGAGAGAAGUCUCUUUAUAAAAGUUAUUGUUCUCUACCGUGUGAUAUUUACAUAAUAAGCUUAAGGCUAAGAGUAGCGUCUAAGAGUAUGUAAUAAAUUACUCGCUAGUUCCUAUAACUGUAAAUCAGUCUAUUUACAAUUUCUUAGAAUUAUCACUGCACAAACAUCUGUUCUUCUCUCACGAUAUAGAUAUCCAGCUUGAAUGAAAUAAUAGUUUCUGCCGUUAUUGCGUCGUUUUGUACCGAAAUAACGCGAAUAGAGCAUCUACCACAAGAUACACUUGUGCGAUGGAUUCAUUGGACUGCCGAGCUGGCAUCUCCACGCUCUUGCGAAUUCCGCGUUGUUCGACAGCGUACCGAUAACACGAAAGUGAUUCGGUGCGUGGACACCCUCUAUCACCUUGGACUUUAGUGCUCCAUUCGUGUAAUUGCCGCACCAGACCUUAAAAGAGAGAUUAGCAUAUUCAUAACUUUUGAUCUUAUAAAUCUUAUGCUAAUGAGAAUUAUGGAAUCUUCAUGUGCGUAUAAAGCUCGUGUGCUCAUUCCAGAUACAUGUAAAUUUGUUUAUAAAUAAGUUUUUUUAUUAGCCUGACAAGAAAUCUCAUCAUGUUAGCGAUUCCAAAAUGGCAUAAAUCUUUUGCUUAUACGCGUUGUUCAAAGCAUACAUAUAAAAAUGUGCUCCUGAAAAACCUUUUUAUAUAAUAUACUGUUCGACUUAGCAAAUCUGGCUUGUAAAUUGUUUCAGAUUCAAUGUUUCUUGAUAAACGAGAAUAUAUGUAUUACUAUUUUUUAGGCAGGAAGAAUUCUUAUUAGAUUUAAAUCUAACAAGUUCAAACAUAACGAAAUGUUAAGCAUAAUAUGUACAGAAUAUUUUCUCUUUUGUAUCGUAUUGACUGUCACUCUUAACUUAUUAGCUAUUAAAUUAAUCCGUUUGGUAUUAAUAUAUAAACUGUCUUGUCCUUUUCAGCAGAGAGUUAUCUGCUCAUAUGUUAUUUCGCCAAAAAGUGUUACAAACUCAACUAUUUGAUGGAAUAAAAACGAAUUGUUAUUUUCGCUGACUUGAAAAGCGCUCUCUUUUUUUUUUUUUUUUUUUACCUGAG